CCCCCCUUCCAAGCACGGAGAGACUGUGUUCCCGACUCCCACCCCAAACCGUCCUGGGACGAGGAGCGGUAGUUGGGAGGGAGAGGGGGCGCCUGCGGCGCGUCCCGGUCUCCCGUGACCGGCCAGAUAAAUCUCCAUGGGGACGCCCUGCUACCGUCUGUCUUCUUCCCUAUGGUCCUGCAGACUGAAGACUUAAAUCCAAGGUCAUGGCAAAACAUUUGAAGUUCAUUGCCAGGACUGUGAUGGUACAGGAAGGGAACGUGGAAGGUGCAUACAGGACCCUAAACAGAAUCCUUACCAUGGAUGGGCUCAUUGAGGACAUAAAGCGACGGCGAUACUACGAGAAGCCUUGCCGCCGGCGACAGAGGGAAAGCUAUGAAACCUGCCGGCGAAUCUACAACAUGGAAAUGGCUCGCAAGAUCAACUUCUUGAUGCGAAAGAAUCGGGCGGAUCCAUGGCAGGGCUGCUGAGGCCUGUGGAUAGGAGGCCCCAUGUGAAAAUCCUUAUCCAGCUGUCUCCACCUCUUUUCUUCUCCCACCCCAUUUUCUCUUACCUUUCUUACAAUAAACUCAAUCACAUAUAUGCAAGAAGGCCUGCAGAUAUAGAAGCAAUCCCACUAGUCAGCAAUGGACACUUUCUUGUAUUAAGUCAAAGAGAAACUGAGUCCAAAAGUAGUCUGGGAGUAGAAUGGUGGUUGCCAAGGGCUGGUGUUGGGAGGAGGGGAAUGGGAAAUUAUUGUUUCAUGAGAGCAGAGUUUCAGUUUGGGAAGAUGAAAAAGUUCUGGAGGUGGAUAGUGGUGAUACUUGCACAACAACGUGAAUGUACUUAAUGCCACUGAACUGUACACUUAAAUGAUUAAAAUAAAUUUUAUGUUUUGUAUAUUUUA